AUGAAAACUCAUUUAUUAACUAUACCUUCAAAGAAAACUGAAGAAAUCAAUUGGAUAAAACCAUUGAAUAACUAUUUAUUAUCUAUCUAUGGAAAUACAACUUCUUAUCAAGAUGAUUUAAAUCAAUUUAAUAAAUUGAGACAAGAUAUACGUGGUGUGAAUUCAGAUUUAAUUGGAUUGAAAUUAUAUUAUAAGUACUACAGUCAGUUAGAAUUGUUAGACUUAAGAAUUCCAUUUCAUACAUUGAAUAAACAUAAGAAAUUAGAAUUCAUAUGGUAUGAUUCUUUCUCACCUGAUUUAUCAUAUUCUCAAAAUGCUUUACCUUUCGAAAAAGCAAAUGUGUUAUAUAAUGUUGGAUCAUUAUUGUCUAAAUUUGCAGUCACAAAGUAUACUCAAUCACAAUUGAAUGAAACUGAACUGAAUAUUAAAGAAGUACUUCUUAUGUUACAACAAUCAAGUGGGAUAUUCGAUUUUAUAAAUGAAAAUUUCUUACAUGCUCCUAGUCAAGAUUUGAAUCAAAGUACUAUAAAAUUCUUGAGUAAAUUAACGUUGGCCCAAUCUCAAGAAGUAUUCACUUUGAAAGUUAUUAGUUCCGAUUUGAACCAGUCCAAAAAUUCCUUAAUUUCUAAACUUUGCAAAUCUACAAGUUCGUAUUUUGAAGAUUGUUACAAUAUGAUAAACCAAGAAAAUCAAUUUGACAUAGUUGAUGAACCUGAAGAUAUUGACGAGAGUAGUGAUAAUCUCGUGGCUGCUCAAAUUGAUGAAAGUUGGACCUCAAUUAUCUAUUUCAAAUAUCAAUUUUAUAAAUCACUCAGUUUUUACUUUCAUGGAUUGCAAUUGGAAGCCAAUAGAAAAUAUGGAGAUGCCAUUGCUUAUUUUACUAAAUCUCAAGAAAUACUUGAAACUAUAAAUCCACAGAUUUUGAAAUCCGUAAGCAAGGGAUCUGGUGACGUUUAUGAAUUGUUGGAUAAUUAUAAGUAUCAAUCAGAUGCAGUAGGUAUAAAACUUGCUGAUUUAACUAAAGAUAACGAUUUGAUUUACCAUGAUUUAAUUCCAAAUUUACAAACAUUACCAGCUAUAAAAGGAAUGGAUUCAACUAAAAAGAUAGAACUAAAAAAUAUUGAACUACUCAAAGAGAUAAAUGAAGAUAAUUAUAAUUCAUUUUUGAAGAAUGUCAUACCUAUCAAUAUCCAUGAAAUGGCUAGUUAUUAUUCUGAAGAGAAAUCCCAAUUAUUAAGAAGUGAAAUUGACUUUUAUGAAAUAUCAAAUGAAGAAGCAAAUUCAGUAUUGGAAGAUUUGGGAUUACCUGCUAAUUUGAAAAAGAUAAAAGAAAAGUUGGAAAAUAAGUCGGGCAUCUCAACCGAUGUGGUCUCUAUAGUUGAUGAAAUAAGUUCUUUCGCAAAUCAAGAUCUCCAAGAUAAAUCCCAUAUUGAGAAUUUAAAAAAUGAAAUUUAUCACGAGAUUUCUGUGCUUGAUCAGGAUAAAGCUAUUGAAUAUAAGAAAGUAAUGUAUGAAGCAUCAAAAUCAGACAAGGUUAUAAAUAUGGAAUUAUUCAAUAAACUCAAAAACGGUUCAAAUUCAAUUGAGUUUAAAAAUUUAUUUAAAUCUGAAAUGGACAUCAGUCUAUUAGAUAUUGAUAAUUCUCAAGACCAACAAAUUGAUUUAAUUGAGAAUGUUUUGAAGGAGUUGAACCAAAUUAAAAGGAAUAAAUCUCAAGUUAUUGAACAGCUCAAAAAGGAGAUACACAAUGAUGAUAUUUCAGAUAUUUUAAUUUUGAAUUCUAAAUUCAAAAAUUCUAAUGAGAUUAAAUCAAUUAUAUUUCCGGAAGAGCUCAAGAAAUUUGAGAAGUUUAAUUUAAAAUUAGAUGAAUAUGUAAACAAUGAGAAACAAUUAUUAAAGAAAUUGCAAGCUGAUUAUAAAAGUUUUCUUAAGAAGAAUCCAUCAAUAAUGGGGAAUAAUAAAAACAUGGCUCAAGAAAAUCAAAUUAAGAAUUUCUAUCUGGAUUGGAAAAAAUUUCAUAAUAAUUUAAAAAAGGGACUUGAAUUCUAUACUAGAUUUUUAAAUGAAGUUAAACAAUCACAAAUAGUUCCACAAAUUCCAAGACCUCCUCCUAAACAAUCGUAUCAAAGAUCAUUUCAACCACCACCAAGAGAAACGUAUACUCCUCAGUCUAAUUCAAAUUUAAAUUCAAAUUCAAAUUCCACUUCCCAAUCGAAUUUGAUUUACGAUCAACCUUCAAAAUAUGAUCCUAAUAUGUAUAGUUUCUUUUCUAGUAAAUAG